GCUGUGGCUCUCUGUCGGUAUUUGGAGAAGAACCGGGAACAGGUUGAUCUGCUGGAUAAAGCAGUGCUGGAACUUGCAGCGGGAACAGGACUGGUGUCCAUAGUGGCAAGUUUACUGGGUGCCUGGGUCACGGCCACAGAUCUGCCUAAUGUCCAGUCAAAUCUGAACUUUAACCUCUCGCGCAACACACCUCAGGAGGCGGCUCUGGUCUGGGGUCAGGAUGGGAAACGUGACUUCCUGAACGCCGUCUACAAUUAUGUAUGUGCAGAUGUGAUAUAUCAUCACAACUUUCUAGACGAUCUACUGAUCACCAUGCAGUACUUCUGCAAGCCAGGAACCACCCUACUGUGGGCAAAUAAGGUGCGAUUUCAAUCUGACCUGCGUUUCAUUGAAAACUUCAAAAAUGUUUUUAAUGUCACAUUGCUGGAAGAGAUCCCACAAGAGGAGAUAAGGAUCUACCACUGCAAUGAAUUCAGCUCAAAUGAGGGAGAACCAACAUGAUGUGUAGCAAGAAUUGUUGAAUGACAUAGGAGAUUCAAUAAAUGUCCAAUAAAUAAAUCUAGCAGCCUCAACAUUGAAGGGAAGGUGCUCCACCUGUUGGCCAUCUGCAAAGUUACAAGGACUGAUUGCGAGUGCUACUAUUAUAAUGCAAAAAUCAGGAUCUCAAAAAAUAGGAUGACAUUUUUAUUUUAUUUUUGGUUAUUAAAAACUUUGGAAGCUC